UCCCUUGGCCCACAUUGGCUUAUGUGUAAGUCUAGCCUCAAUGCGUCACCAUGCUCAAAAGCCUUGGGGAAUACACACUUUUAAGUAACACCAUUCUCCUGUGCCUGUCAUUUAACCGCGACCUUGCAACUUCUUAUUUUAUCGAUACCCCUUACCGAUACCCCAAGUUAACCCUUGUUCAAUGGGAUAACACUGAAUCCCUUUGUCCUUGUCACCGUUACCUAAUAAAAGAUCCCUUGGUGGUAUAUUCGAAGUCAGCAUGUACAAUGGCCAGAAAUAUCCCGCGCCUGAAUCACCGAUUGUACGUAUAAUCGUGCUGGAAACGGAUGAGCCUCACCCCGAUACACACGCAACCAAGGGUAGCUUCGGAGAGAUCCUACACAGCCACUUCCAACAUGCCGGCGCCGAACACGAUCCCCCACUAGGGAUCGACACCGACCAGAGGUUCGUAGUGGAAGAGAAGGGAGGCAAGGUCCCUCAGUUUGAGGACUUCGAUGGUUAUCAGGGUGUCUUGAUCACCGGAAGCAUGUACGACGCUCACGAGGACAACCCUUGGAUUCUCAAGCUUCUUGAUGUUCUCAAAGAAUUGUGGCAGCGCCGGCCGGAUCUCCAUCUUAGCGGCGUGUGCUUCGGACACCAGCUCCUCAACCGGAUGCUCGGCGCCGAGAUCGCGCAAGCCCCAUCCCAAGACUGGGAACUCGGCCACUGCCGACUCGACCUCUCGCCGGUGGGCAAGGAACUCUUCCGCACAGAGGACGAUCACAUUUUCCUGCACCAGAUGCACCAAGACCAGGUAGUCGCGCCGCCUACGCUAGAAACCUCCAAGGGGCUGCUCGAGCCUGGCGCGAGGGUGGAUAUAUGGGGCCAUAGCGAGCACACCAAGGUACAGGGCAUCUACAUCAAGGGGAGGCUCUUUACAACGCAGGCUCACUUGGCAUUCGACGAGGAAAUGGUCAAGAGACAGAUCCAGAUGAGAGUCGACAGCGGAGGCAUCCAGGAUUUGGAGCAUGCAGACCGGGCAUCGGAGACGGCGCAUCUCGAGCACGACGGAGAUAGAGUGGCGGCUGCCAUUUUGAGGUUUUUCCACGGCGAUGACGAUGAGAUUGAAUGAUUUCCGCCAACAAGACGCUACUAGCAUUGAUCCCAAUUUGUAUUUCGCGACAUGAGAGAGAUG